GUCUUCAGAAUCACAGACCACUUCACUGUCGGUCUUCAGUUUCAGACGCCCGCGAGGAGGACUCGUCAGGGAUGUUACAAAAGCCCGAACGCUUGCAGGGGGUUUUGGCCUGAAGCAAAGCUGCAAGAGCUUUACUUUUGAAGGUUUUGCAAGGCACGUGCCUGGGAAGUUCCUAUUUCGUACUUCAAUGUUCUGGUGUCUCCUGGCUCGAGCACAAUUCCAAAAGCAACCUUGACAGAAAGCUCUUCUUUGACCAGAUAACUCUGUUUUUCUAUGACAAGCCCGUAUUAGCAUUACGAAACCUAGUGUGCAUGCGGUAAUUUUGCAAUGGCUUCGCGUCAGGAUGGUGGAGGAUAUCAACCGCCAAAGUAUGAUGAUGUAGCGGGUCCAGAUUAUGAGCCCCUUCGAGACUUGGCUGAAGCUGGUGAGGAGAGCUUGCAGCCUAGGAGGUCAGCAGAGAGGCCUAAGCAAUGGACUACGGGCAUUUGCGGCUGCUUCAGCGACCUUCAAACCUGUUGUCUUGGACUGUGGUGCCCGUGCCUUCUCUUUGCCAAGAACGUGGAGAUGCUGACUGGGAACCCAAGCAUUGGACCCUGCAUACUGCACUCUGGGGUGGGGGCUGCAGUGGCCUCCGUCAUGAUCUUCUUCUUUGGGCCCUUUGGCCUUCUCUGUAGUUGCGCGUCGUGUUACGCGUCAAUGUACAGAAAGCAGAUUCGUGGAAAGUAUGGCCUAGAGGAGGCGCCAUGCAAUGAUGUUAUGCUGCACUACUGCUGUCAUUUCUGUGCGCUCUGCCAGGAGUUUCGGGAGCUAAGGGAAGCUGGGGCUGGAGCAGGCCCUUACUCUGGGACUCCGUUAGAGCCCCCAGUUCAACAGAGCAUAGCGCAGUACUAGGAUCACCACUUUCUUUAGAGAGCAAGCACUUUGCUAUUACAGAAUGUAACAUAGGGAGACAUUGGAGGGUUGAUGGAGAGCCAGAGAGUAUAAAUGGUAGAAGCGGGCUCCACAAAAGUUCACUCUUGCAAGUUGCUUGGAGGAAAGGCCACUGCACAUUUGUAGUAAAAGCAGACCUGCUGUAGUGUUUCUGAUUGCCCUUUGCUAACUUCCAUUGGCAAGCAGGCAUAGCAAGCCUACGUUGCUCGUACGUGUGGCACACGGGCGCUUUUUGAAUAUCUUGGGCUGUGUUUUCUUUGACAUCAGUGUCAGGUAUGAUCAUGUGUUCGAGC